AUGCCCACGUUUGUCUUCCUCACCAGUCGGCUCAAAGCCGAGAUGUGCGACCUCGAGUCGUUCUACCUCUACAUCCUCCAAGCUGUGGACGCGAUCGACGGGCCCUUUGCCCUGUUCCUCGACUGCACCGCGUUCACCUUUGCCAACAAGAUCUCCCUGCCCUGGUUCCGCCAGCUCAUCGACGCCUCGCCCGCCCUCCCUGCCCUCCAUCUCGCCCAGGUCUGGGUCUACAACGCCAACGCUAUCUUCCAACGAUACAUCCGCAAGCUCGGCGCUACGGAGAAGCAGGAGCGCAGAUGGAGUAACCUCAUCCGCGCUGUCAUCACGCUCGACGAGCUCGCUAUCUGUCUGCCCAACUACGAGCAGGUCCUCCCUGCAAGCUUGUGGAACAUGUUCCAUGAUAAGCGGGUUGUCAUCAGCCAUGUCACCCAUCUCCAACAGUACCAGAUGCAGAUACCUGUCGUCCUGCACAUCGGCUCCAAGACCCUGCUCAUCCAAUCCUCUAAACGACUGGAGCUGCUGGCGGACGCCAAGUGCACGCUCAACAACGUGAUCAGACUCAAGGAUAUCCAGGAGAUGCAGCGCUUACCGCCCUCCAACGUCCAUCUUGAUCUCGGCUUCAUCAUCAAACAGUACGGAUCCAACGUCACCAUGAAGUUUGUCAGCGUCAACACUGACCGGAUCGUUGAGACAUUGACAAACACGCAGACCAAUCUGCCCCUGCAGCCUCACCCCCGCUACCUUCUAUGGCUCUCUUCUCAAUGGGGCCAUCUUUAA